AUGGGAGCCGAUAAAGAGAAAAAUGGCCCAGAACCGUCGGCCCACAAGACGUUCAAAAUUAAGCGAGUGCUCGCCAAGAAGCAGCGACAGAACCGACCCGUUCCCCAGUGGAUCAGGAUGAAGACCGGCAAUAAGAUCCGAUACAAUGCCAAGCGCCGUCACUGGCGCCGAACCAAGCUAAAGCUGUAA